AUGCAUAUCGAUGCACCAUGCGAACUUAAAGAAAGGCUAUCUUAUAUAGAUGCUAUGAAAGCUGUCAUUGAUAACGAAUGCCAUGCAGGUUGUCCAUAUCAAUUAAAAAAAAAUCCAAAUUUAGGGGGAACAAAAUUAAAAUUCAGGUGCAGUGCAGAUAAAUGUGAAGCAUGUAUCUCAUUUCUAAAGGAUGAUGAAGAAUAUAUCCUAACAGAAUAUAAUGGAACACAUAAUCACAAUCAAAUCAAAGAUGAGACAAAGAAAUACCACACAUUAUCACAAUGCUAUCGUCGGGUACUUAUUAAUUUUAUAAAACAGGGGGGUGAUCCGAAAAUGGCUCAAAUUGAAUGCGACAAAAAACUUGAUCUGGAUGAUCCACUUAACAGGCCAUCUUUUUUGAAUGCAUCUUCAGAUCAAAUGAAAACAAUUCAGGAAAAAGGAAAUAAAAAGAUCAAAGGUAUUCAAAAGUACGAUGAUAAUCAAUUCAAGUCAACUCAAUUAUUUAAGGGUAUCAAAGAACAAGAGUCACCAAAAGAUUUAAUUUAUUUCGAUGUCGAUAAUUACAACAAACCAAAGAAAUUAAUCUUUUAUUAUGCUUCUUUCAAAUUUCUGGACAUAAUCAAAAUUGUGAAAGAGCAUUUUAUUGAUGCAACCCAUUCAUUACUUGAAUUUAAAAUGUUGUUUUACAUGAUAUCAGCCAAAUUUCCAAAUACACAUGCAUUCCCAAUUUUUCAAUUUGUCGUUUAUCCAAACACUUCAGAAAAUAUUGCAUUCUGUCUCAAGGCAUUUUUUAACUGGGCAAAAGUAAAACCAAAAUAUUUUAUGUCAGAUUGUGCACAAGAAAUCGAAAAUGCGAUUAUCAACUCUUUUCCAGAAGUUAUCCUUCAUUGGUGUGCAGUUCAUGUAAUGAGGGCGUUCAGAAAAAAUUUGAAAGAUUAUGCAUUUGAGA